CUGAAGACUCAUAAAACCCCCGGAUCCAGCUGUCCAUGUUGGGGCCGUCUUAUAAGCAGGGAACUCUUUUAGUGUCUUGCGGUUAGAAAGGUUUGAAACAUAAAGAAGAUCCGCGUCACCAUGUAUUUCGGAGGUUUGGGCGAACUCUUAUGUUGAAAGGCCAGAUCGGAAGUAGGGAACGGUUAGUAUAUCUGACAUGCAGUCUUCUCAAAACGGAUCCGCUGUAUUAUAUUUACACACUAAAUAAUGAUCCUAUGUAACGCACCGGCUUGAAGCGAACCCGUCCGAGGUCCGGCUCGGCAGAAGACUGCAGAACGGCUGCUGUGAUGCACGCCUGGCCGAAACUGCAUUACAUGUUAGUAACUACACACACGCACUCUCUCCUGGAGAUGUGCUGCUCCGAGUCUCGGUGGACCGAGAUGGCCUACGGACUGUGUUUUAAGGAAGAGAUGUCAUACAAUAUGCUGUGAUUUUAAGAUUGUCUCCAGCUUUGCCCUGGGUCUCAAGAGAGGAGUCUUCCCCACUCAUGGGGACCUGGAGCUGAUAGAGUACAGGGGGUUCCCUCUCUUCCUCCCCCCACUCCUCCUCCCUCUCCUCCUCCCCCCACUCCCCCUCCCUCUCCUCCUCCCCCCACUCCCCCUCCCUCCCCUCCUCACUCUCGUCGACCCAUGACCAGAAGGGGUCUGUGACCGGGGGGCCGCCAUGCGUGUGACCUUCUGCCAGGGGCUGCUGUCCGGGGCCAUCGUCCUGAACCUCCUCAUCCUGUACUUUGUGUCCCGGGCCCAGCAGCAGAUGAUGGAGAAGCGGAAGGACUUCGGCCGGGGCUCCAGGAGGGCGGGUCUGCAGGCCUCCAACCUGGCGGCGGGUCUGGCGGGGCCCGUGGGCGGGCUGGCGGGGGGCGGAGCGGCCGGGCCGGAGGGGAACAGCCGCGGCCCCCGCGUCACCGUGCUCCUCCGGGAGUUUGAGCACUUUGAGAACUACGUGGGGGAGGUGGCGCGCUCCUUCCUCCGCCUGCGGCCGGAGCUGCCCUUCCUGGCCGUGGCGGACACCCUGCCCUACCCGCCCCUGGAGCUCCCCGAGGGCGGCGCCCGGCUGCUGGUGCUGUUCCCCAGCCCUGACCAGCCGCCCCAGGCCCACCGGCCCGAGUUCCACGUGCAGACGGAGUUCGUGCUGCUGGUGCCGGACGGCGUGGAGCUGGAGCAGGGCAGGGCCGUGGAGCGGCUGAUCCGGGAGCUGGAGGGGGAGGGUGGCGGGCCGGUGAGGCUGGUGGCCGCCCCGGUGCAGGCCCGCUCCGCCGCCAAGUGCCUCCACCUGCGGGUCAGCCUGCGGGAGUGGACGGCCACCUACACGGCGGCGGCGGCGGGCAGCAGCGGCAGCGUGUGCACGGCGCUGCAGGGCGACGCGGUGGUGCUGCUGCGCUCGGAGGACCUCUUCAACCUGUCGGUGCCGCUCGGCCGCCCGCUCUUCCCCUCGCUCUUUGUCCAGACCUCGCUGCGGGGCUGGAAGGUCAAGCUGCUGGAGAGCCCACUGUUCUCGGCCCGUCGGCGGCCGCUCUUCAGCUCCGCCCACAACCAGUGGAAGGCGGACUCGGGGCUGCGGGAGGCGGCCGGUCGGCUGAUGAGGGGCUUCGGCCUCAAGCGGCUGCUGCUGCCCGACGGGAAGGAGCAGUGGCACGGCUGUGGCAAGGAGACGGCGCGCUGCUUCGGCACGGUGCGCGACGACACGCCCGACUACCUCUACACGGACCGCUGGACGCCGCCCUGCUGCCUGCGCGCGCUCCGAGAGACCGCCAAGUACGUGGUGAACAUCCUGGAGGGCUCGGGCGUGCGCUACUGGCUGGAGGGCGGCAGCCUGCUGGGAGCAGCGCGCCACCAGGACAUCAUCCCAUGGGACUACGACGUGGACCUGGGCGUGUACCUGGAGGACGUGCCCAACUGCGACCAGCUCAAGAACCUGGACUCGGGUUCGCUGGUGGACGCCAACGGCUACGUGUGGGAGCGCGCCGUGGAGGGGGACUUCUACCGGGUGCAGUACAGCGAGGCCAACCACCUCCACGUCGACCUCUGGCCCUUCUACCCGCGCAACGGCGUGAUGACCAAGGACACCUGGACCGAGCACAAGCAGGACGUGGAGUUCCCCGAGCACUUCCUGCAGCCGCUGGUGCCCAUGCCCUUCGCCGGCAUCACCGCCUACGCCCCCAACAACCCCCGGGCCUUCCUGGAGCUCAAGUUUGGAGAGGGGGUCAUCGAGAACCCCCAGUACCCCAACCCGGCGAGGAAGAGGCUGGACCGCAGCAGGUUAUGAAGAGGGUCUGACCCCCAGUACCCCAACCCGGGGGCAGGAAGGGGCAGGUUAUGAAGAGGGUCUGACCCCCAGUACCCCAACCUGGGGGCAGGAGGGGGCAGGUUAUGAAGAGGGUCUGACCCGCAGUACCCCAACCCGGGGGCAGGAAGGGGCAGGUUAUGAAGAGGGUCUGACCCGCAGUACCCCAACCCGGGGGCAGGAAGGGGCAGGUUAUGAAGAGGGUCUGACCCCCAGUACCCCAACCCGGGGGCAGGAAGGGGCAGGUUAUGAAGAGGGUCUGACCCCCAGUACCCCAACCUGGGGGCAGGAGGGGGCAGGUUAUGAAGAGGGUCUGACCCGCAGUACCCCAACCUGGGGGCAGGAGGGGGCAGGUUAUGAAGAGGGUCUGACCCGCAGUACCCCAACCCGGGGGCAGGAGGGGGCAGGUUAUGAAGAGGGUCUGACCCGCAGUACCCCAACCCGGGGGCAGGAGGGGGCUGGACCGCAGCAGGUUAAGAGCGGGGGGCAAACACCUGAACCAGGGCGCCUUCUACCUCCCUGCUGCCGUUCGGUUUGUUUGUUGAACAAUGCAGCGACUCCAGCGCACGUUUUUAAGACUCUUAACUCAAUCUAUUUCAUUUUCUACUCUGGUGCCUAAGAGAUGGAUUAUUAAUUAUUCAGAUAGAUGUCUUGCCUGUUGUUUCUUCCCCCGCCAGGCUGGUUUUAGAUCAACACACAGACUGAAUGGACGAGCGUUCAUUACUACACGCUUCACUGCAGCUUUCUUCUAAAGUUCCUGAUUUCUAUGCGUCAUAUUUUAACGGGGCAUUAUACAAUUUAAAAAUGCAUUCUUGCAUUUAUUAAGAUUGUAUUGGGCUGUAUUGGUUUCAUGUGGAUUCAAAUACAGAUGUAUAAAAGCCACAUGUGCUGUACAAUAUAAAGAUUAAUAAGACAAUACCAUGAAUGUGAAUCUUAAUAGAACUUGCAAUGUACAUUAUCUUUAGCAAUAUCUAAUGGACGGUACAUACAUUACUCCUUGAAAGUCUGGACUGAAACAUGUUUAAUAAGCCGUUAGCUUAUUAAACAUUAAACACACAUUAACAUUUGCACAAUUAUUUAUGAAUGUAACUUAUCGUAUUUUGAUGCCAUUUAUUUCGUGGAGCCUCAUGUUAUCGUGUUAGUCCAUCCAGUAAACAGUGUUGACCAUGUGUGCUUGUGUGUUUAAUACUACUGAGCAUGAAUCCUUCAAAAGACACCAGCACUGAGCAGCAACAUAAGCGUGUUACCCGUGUGUGUGUGUUAUGUUAAGUGAGUCCAUACCCUUUUUUGUUGACUGACAAUAAAAGUUUUAACAGUGCUAUGUUUAUUCUGGUUUUCGACCUGGCAAAGUUAAGUAAUUCUUAGGUUUGACAGCCAGGUGGCGCACAAAAGCCGUAUAACGACAAAGGAAACGGCAACGGA